AGAAUGCCCUCAGCCUGACCCGGAAGGAGAAGAAGGCAGGAAGUGGGGACUUCUAAAGCGCCUCUUUGAUGUAACAUUCCUGGGAUAUGGAACCGCAAGGAUGUGUGCGAGGUGCUCCUGGCCACGCUCCCAAAGACGGCCCAUGCAAGCCUGCCAUCCCUCAGAAGAACGCGUAUGCGAGGCUUGUGCAGAAGCACCACAGUGGACGGUUCCGCUCCUAUUUGAACCACAUUGCUCAGAAGCUCCAGCUGGAGGAGGGCACCCUCAACGACUCGGGUUCAGAUGCAGAGCCGUCCUUGAAAAGGGGCCUUGUGAGAGAGGCCCUGUCAAAAAAUGGGGUGAAAGGGCCUGGCAGCUCACCGGUCAAAACACUGCAGCCAGGCCAGCUGGAGCUGGGAAGAUCUGAACGGCUGGGUGAAAAUAAAGAGGAAGGUUUUGCCAAGAGGCAGCACCGUCAGAGAGAAGCCUGCGCCGGCAAAGGGGAUGAUGAGGAUGAGUUUGCAGAAGAAGAUGAUCCACAUGAAGAUGCAGCUGUCUUCGUACGAACAGAGCUGGGCAGCCACGGGAUGUUGCCCAAAUCAGCCAUCUUCCUUCCCCAAACCUCCAGCUCUGGAGAGAGGGGCAAAGAGGAGUUUUGGAGGAGCAAGUGCAGCGGUAGUGACAGUCCUGCUCUCUUGUGUAGAGCAGGUGGCUCCAUUUCUGCUGGACAGUUCAAUGUGGAUUUGUCUGCAGUGAAUGCCAGGAAGGCCAGUCUCUCGUCCAGCCAAAUGCAUGUUGCAGACAAGCAAGGCUUGGUGAGGCCCAGAAACAACUCUGAAUCGGCCAGAGUCCCCCCAAAUGCGGAAAGGAGGCGACAGCUCUCUGAAUCACAUGCAGACACCAUGAGCAACUCUGACUGCAGGAUGAGCCUCCGACAGCUGGGAACCCCCAGAGGAGGUCCCCACACUACCUGCUCAACCCCUGGCGACAGAAAGAAUCGGAGUAAGCAGACUCGGGGGCGGAAGAAAGUGUUUGAAGCCUACAUAUCAAAGGAGGAUGUCUCAGCAGGACUGAAAAGGAAAACGCUUAUCCAGGGAUCCCUGAGAAUAAACCCCAAGAAGUACCAUGAAGCCUUCAUUCCAUCUCCAGACGGCACCCGAGAUAUCUUCAUUGAUGGAGUUGUUGCUCGCAACAGAGCUCUGAAUGGUGAUAUUGUGGUGGUGAAGCUGCUUCCAAAAGAUCAAUGGAAGGUAAUCAAGCCAGAUGGUUGUGACACCGAAACGACAGAAAAUGCUCAAGGAGCAGCUGCCCCUGGGAAUUCCCCGGGCCGCUGCAUGCUUCGCAGUCCAGUAAAAGGCGAUGCUCACAACCCAGAUGUUGUUAUAGAGGCUCAGUUUGAUGGCGAAGAUGUUGAGGGCGAGCAAGACUGCCCAAAAGAAGUCAAGGAUCUCAAGCAGCUGUCCUUGGGGGCUGGAGAAAGUGGGAAGGAUCUGGAGAUUUGUGGCAACCUCCAUGUGAAGCAGGAAGACUUCUCCAAGGCAAAUGAUCCAGAUCAGUUCCUGCAGAAGACUGCCAAGGUGGUCUACAUCUUGGAGAAGAAGCAUUCCAGGGCAGCGACAGGCUUCAUCCGCCUCUUGACUGAUCGCAACAGUGAGCUAUUCAAGAAGUGUGCCAUGUUCUCACCUGUGGACCACAGAGUGCCACGAGCAUAUGUGGCCUUGGCCGACUGUCCACCAGAUUUCGCCACUAGGCCCGAGGACUACUCCAACAUGCUCUUCAUCUGCCGCAUUGUGGAUUGGAGGGAAGACAGCAAUUUUGCCUUUGGGCAGUUGGCCCAAAGUCUUGGGCAGGCUGGCGAAAUUGAGCCAGAAACGGAAGGCAUCGUGACGGAAUAUGGUGUGGACUUUUCAGACUUCUCUCCAGAGGUCCUGCAGUGCCUGCCCCAGAGUCUGCCCUGGGUUAUCCCACCAGAAGAAUUUGCCAAAAGGAGAGAUUUAAGGCAAGAAUGCAUCUUCACCAUUGAUCCGUCAACUGCCAGGGACCUUGACGACGCUUUGUCUUGCAAACUGCUUCCAGAUGGUAACUUCGAAGUGGGCGUUCACAUUGCAGACGUGAGCUAUUUUGUGCUGGAAGAAACGGUGCUGGAUGAAACGGCUAGCAAGAGGGCCACAAGCGUCUACCUUGUGCAGAAGGUGAUUCCCAUGCUUCCCAAGUUGCUCUGUGAGGAGCUGUGCAGUCUCAAUCCCAUGACAGACAGACUCACCUUCUCCGUCAUAUGGAAGCUGUCUCCUCAAGGCAAGAUUCUUGAUGAAUGGUUUGGGCGGACUGUGAUCUGUUCCUGCGCAAAACUCAGCUACGACCAUGCCCAAAGCAUGAUUGAGAACCCUGAGAAGGUGUUUGCAGCGGAGGAACUCCCCCCUAUCUCUCCCCAGCAUUCAGUAGAUGAAGUUCGCCGGUCAGUCCUCAACCUCCACCAAAUUGCCAAGCAGCUGCGUGAGCAGCGAUUCACGGACGGGGCUCUCCGCUUAGAUCAGCUGAAACUCUCGUUUACUUUGGACAAGGAGAGCGGGAUGCCACAAGGCUGUUACAUCUAUCAGUACCGGGACAGCAACAAGCUGGUGGAAGAGUUCAUGCUGUUGGCAAACAUGGCCGUGGCCCAUCAGAUCUACCGCUCCUUCCCAGCAAAAGCUUUGCUGCGCCGGCAUCCCCCGCCCCAGACCAAGAUGCUCAAAGACCUCGUGGAGUUUUGCAGCCAGAUGGGCCUGGAGAUUGACUGCAGCAGUGCCAAGGCCUUGCACGAAAGCCUGAAUGAAACCUUUGGAGCUGACCAAUAUGCUGAAGCCAGAAAGGAGGUGCUGACCAACAUGUUCUCCCGACCCAUGCAAAUGGCUGUCUAUUUCUGUGCUGGAAUGUUAGAGGACGAGACCCUCUUCCACCACUACGCCCUCAACGUGCCCCUGUACACCCACUUCACGUCGCCCAUCCGCCGCUACCCCGACAUCAUUGUGCAUCGGCUGCUCUCAGCUUCCCUUGGCUCUGGCCCCGCCACGAGGAUGGAGGCGGCUGAUAUCCAGCAGCAAGCAGAGCACUGCAACGACCGGAAAAUGGCUUCCAAGCGGGUGCAGGAGCUCAGCGCAGAUCUUUUCUUUGCCGUCUUUGUGAAGGAGUGUGGCCCCCUGGAGUCAGAAGCCAUGGUGAUGGGCGUCCUCAACGAAGCCUUUGAUGUCCUGGUGCUGAGAUUUGGCGUCCAGAAGCGCAUCUAUUGUAACGCCUUGCCGCUGGUGGGCUUCCAGUUCCAGAAGUUGGGCAAGAAGCCACAGCUGACGCUGAUGUGGGAGCCAGAGAGCCUGGAGCAGGAUGCUGUGCAACAGGUCAUUACCGUUUUCACCUUGGUGGAGGUUGCCCUGAGGUCCGACAACGUCCCCUUGAAGUACAGUGCGGUGCUGAAGAGGCCUGGUGGGGAGCAGUGAUGGCCCCCGCGUCCGGAGAUGGGCCUUGCCCAGCUGACACUGCCAAAGCCAUGCUGAGGGGCCAUACCCUUCAAUGACUCUCUGGGGGAAAUCAGGCUGUGGACCUCUUUGUUUUCUUUUUUGUGAAUGGCUUUUGUUUUAUCUCUGGAUUUUAACCCAAGCCGGGAGCAGGGCAGCUCUGAAGCCAUUCCCAGUGGCUGCAGGAACAUGAACUAUUCCCAGCUUCCAGCUUUUUAGGCCCUCCCUUUCUUAAACACGGCCCUUGCAAACGACACGCAGGAACGUGGAGCAGCCCAGCCUGAGUGGGUGGGUUGCCUGUGCCGUAAGGCAUUCCUUGCUUUGUGUUCCUGGACAUGUGGCUAGCCAGCGGGCUGCAAAGGCCAUUUACACGGAGCUCUCAGUCGUGUAAUAAAAGCCUUGCUCAACA